GAAGGGACGAUUCGACUUACCAAUCCCAAUAAAAGGUGAAGGGACAGGAUCUCGUCCUCACAUCCUCCACACGGGAGCCACGGCAUCUUCCACCGAGGCGUCUCCGAUGGGAAAGUGCCUGCAGGGGGUGCUGCCCAGGUGCCGGUGACGUCUGAGGACGGCAGGAUCUGUUUCUCCCGGAGGAGUGGGCGGCGUUAGCGGAAUGGCCGAGGGAGCUGUACUGGGCCGUGAGGAGGGAGAACUACGCGCUGGUCACCUCGCUGGGUGAGGACUGUCUGGUGCACAGGUUAGAGGCGAAAGCAGCUCCACGCGGAAGAGCGAUCAGUCUGGACCCCUGCUGCAGGCUCUGAGAGCCCCAUCCCCCACACAAGGCAGUGAGGCUGGCCUGGCGGCUGGGUGUAGCCAUGUCCGAAGAAUCGCACCCCUCAAAGGAGGGGGCAGGGAUGGCACAGCGAACUGGAGCUGGGCUGUGGAACCUUUUCUCGCGGCAUCACCAGUUCAAAUCCAGGCCACCCGGCUCUCAAACCCGAUCUCUUGUUCCGGAUUGAACGAGGGGAACAACCAGGUGUGGGGGUUCAGCUGAUCUCUGGUGGCUUAGAGCGUCCACCGGAUCCCUGCGCAGGCUACGGAUUUUUCAAGCCCGAUGGUUUCUUCCGGCUUGAGCAAUGGGAGGAGCGAUACAUCGAGGCUCAGCAGAAAGUGGAGGAGAGCAAGAUCCUGGGAAGUGCCUGUGUAGCAGAGCACGGGGGUGUGAACGCAGUCGAGCAGGAAGAGAACUCGGAGAGCUUUGCUGCAGACUUGGAGCUGUCCCCCGUGGUCUGUGACAGUUCCGACGGCUCGUUUCACAGUCGGCAGCUGGGAUCCAAGAGGCAGCAGAGAAACCAGACCAGGAUCAAGAUGGAAGAAUCAGCCGGCUUCAGCAAGUGUUCAGACGCCGUCGUACGUCAGCUAGGAGCUGGGCCUUUCCAGUGUGCCGAGUGCGGGAAACGCUUCCGUCAGAAGCAGAGCCUCAUCACGCACGAGAGGAUCCACACGGGAGAGAAGCCCUACAGGUGUCCAGACUGCGGGAAGAGCUUCAGCCAGAAGCCCAACCUCCUGACUCACCGGCGGAUUCACACCGGGGAGCGCCCCUUCUCCUGCACGCAGUGUGGGAAGAGCUUCAGCCAGAAGGCCAAUCUCAUUGCCCACCAGAGAACCCACGUGGGGGAGAAGCCGCCGCAGUGGGGCGGGCUUGGGGGGAAGCCAAAGUCCCCAGCACAGCAGGGAGACCAGGAGGAAAAGCGGCCGUUCGUAUGCCCCGAGUGUGGGAAGAGCUUCACGCAGAAACCCAACUUGGUGACUCACUACCGGACCCACACGGGUGAGCGACCCUUCAGCUGUGCCCAGUGCGGGAAGAGCUUCAACCAGAAGACCAACCUGGUGACUCACUACCGGACCCACACCGGGGAGCGGCCCUACGCCUGCCCCCAGUGCGGGAAGCGCUUCACCCAGAAGACCAACCUGGUGACUCACCAGAGCACCCACACGGAUGCACGCCCCUAUCCGUGCGGGGAGUGCCAGAAGUGCUUCAAGGACAAGGUGUCCCUGAAAGCACACCAGAGAACCCACAGCCUGAGCCAGCCCAGACCCUGUGGGAAUGCAGAGCCAAUCCCACUCCACAGUCCCCCCGCCGUGCCGCUCCAGCCCACAGGUGCCGAGCAGGAGAGCCAGCGCGACCCCACUCAGCCAGUGCCGGCCCAGAAGAUCCCCGGAAGCCAGGCACUGUGCACGUGCACUGACUGUGGUAGCAGCUUCCCCCAGAAACCGCAUAUCCCACUGCCCCAGCAAACCCCCUCAGCAGAGCAGCCCUUCCUGUGCGUGCAGUGUGGGGAAAGCUGCCCACAGACGGCUCUUCUGAAGCACCAGCCCGGCCAGGCCAGGGAGAGGCCCUGCGAGAGCGCCCAGUAUGGGAGAGGCCUCAGCCUGAACCAACAUCUCCUCAGACACCUGGAACCCUGCCUGGGCCCUGGCGACGCGGCGCACGCGGCCCCCGGGGCAGAGCGGCCCUUCAUCUGUAACCAGUGCGGGAGCAGCUUUAGCUUUUGGCCGGCUCUUGUUGCCCAUCAGGGCAGCCAUGCAGGAUGGCAGCCGUAUCCGCUUCCGGAACGCGGGAAAGGCCUCAGGCCCCGGCUGUCCCUGCCAGCCCAGCCGGAUGCGCAGGUGGGGGAGACAGCCUGGACGUGCCCCGAGUGCCGGCGGAGCUUCAGCCAGCACAGCCAGCUGGCAAAGCACCGGGAGAGCCACUGGGGCGACAGGCCCCAUCGGUGUGACGUGUGCGGGAAGAGCUUCGGCUUGAAAGCCAACCUGAUGACGCACCAGCGGCUCCACACGGGCGAGCGGCCCUUUGCCUGCAGCCAGUGCGGGCGGCGCUUCAACCAGAAGGGGAACUUGGUGACUCACUACCGGACCCACACGGGCGAGCGGCCUUUCGCCUGCCCCCAGUGCGGCAAGAGCUUCAGCCAGAAGCCCAACCUCCUCGCCCACCAGAGAACCCACGUGGGGCGGCGGCCCUUCGCCUGCACCCAGUGCCCCAAGCGCUUCAAGGGCAAGAUGUCCCUGAAGAUCCACCAGCGUGUCCACGUUGGGGAGAGACCUCCCGCAAGGCCACCGAGCGUGGAUCUGAUGGAGGCCCACGCCGGGAAGAGGUGCUGUUCCCACUCCCCAUGCGGGAAACCCUUCAAGGAACACGUCGCCCUGGAGCUCCCCCAGCGAGUGCCCAGUGGGGAGCGCCCGUACGCCUGCCCGGAGUGUGGGAAAUGCUUCCGGCAGAAGGUCACGCUGGUCACGCACCUCCGGACCCACACCGGGGAGCGGCCGUUCCAGUGCACCCAGUGCGGGAGGAGCUUCAGCCAGAAGCCCAACCUCCUCACGCACCAGCGGACUCACACCGGCGAGCGGCCCUUCGCCUGCACCGUGUGCGGGAAGGGCUUCAGCUGGAAGCCCAACCUGGUGACCCAUUACCGCACCCACACCGGGGAGCGGCCCUACAGCUGCGGUGACUGCGGGAAGACCUUCAGCCAGAAGCCCAAUCUCCUUACUCACCGCAGAACCCACUCCCAGCAGAGACCGUACGCUUCCCCCAGCACCACGCAAACUUCCCCCACGGGGACACCUUCACCCUGCACCGCGGUGGGGACUGGCCCCACAUGCGCUUGGCCUGCAGAGGGCACCUCAGCCACCACGUCCCCCACGGCAGGGAGCUCCUGAAGCCAAGCAAGCAGAGAUGUGGUGUCAAUGCAGCGGGGGUGGCAGGAGCUUCGAAGAUCAGAGAGCUCUGCGGGUGCACCAGAGAGCACCCGUCCCCUGGGCGAGCCGGAAUGAGUAGAGCGUACGCCGGAUCGGCGAGCUGUAUGGUGACUGGGAUCUGGGAACGGGGGGCUAACCCGUGCUGCUGCCGCACCCCCAACACCAGACACGGACUGGGGAACGGUACAGCCAGAAGCCAGAUCUGACUUCAUUCUGCACACACCGAACUUCAGAGAGGACACGGCUGCUGACAGCGGGCAAGCCGGCAGGUUGAUCAGCACACGUUGCUGCAGGGUGCGAAGAGACGCCGAGUACUGCUGGGAGCAGAGCGAGGGGAGGGUGCAGCAAGCCGGCAGCCUGGGACGCUGCGGCGAGUGUCCCGGGAAACCAAACCCUGAAAGAGACUCCCUGGGUGGGAACGGCCCGUGGAGCUCUCCCCUCUCGCCUCCCUGGAGCUAAAUGUGGGGUGGGGGCGGCUCUUGGAAGCUACGAUCCAAGCUAGCCUGGGCGUAUGUUGUACCGAGGGCAUUGCUGGGUUCUGGAUCCCCCCCAGAGCCAGUUGCAGGGCAGUGAAAGGCCGCCUGGGCUGCAAGCUCCAGCCCCUGUAGACGCAGUAACAGCGUCCGUCCCCACCCCCCCCCCAGCACUUCCCGGGGGGAGGGGCAGGAGGCCCAGCCCCCAGCCCCAGAGAAGGCUGCAGUCGGUCUGAAAGCAGUGGGGGCCCCACGAGGACGAGAUGCCCUUGUUGGGGAGCGGGAAGGAGAAGCUGCGUGCUGGGGCAGAGCUCAGCUUGAUGGCAGGGCCACCGCCCGUCAGCUCAGGACUGAAAACCAGAAGGGGCAGUGGGGGGGACACGGGGAGCCCUGGUACCGGCUUAGCUGAGCCACCAGUCUCGGCCAGGUGUGUAAUUAGCUCCACGGUGGAGAACAGAGCCAUGUUCCAGCAUGAUACUCCCAGCUACGCUCUGCCCGUCGUCCCAGCAGUAACAUGGCGACACCAUGAGUCGUAUGUCCCAGAUGAGAAGAAAAGAAAUACUAAUGGCGGGAGGACUGGGGGGGUGGGGCACGCAGAGCCCGUGGCUGGGGGGACAGUAGCAUGGGAGGGGGACAUGGGGCACACACAGAGCUCCUGGCAGAUUGUGUAGGGCAGAAUGGGGGGCACACAGCCUCUAGCAUGAGGCUGUGGGUUGUAACAGGGAGCCCCUGUACUAGAGGGGGAAGGGAGAGUGGCACCCGGGGAGCAUGUGGGGAACAGAGGGAUGAAGGGACCCUGGUGUGUGCACUGAGCUUGGCCUGCAGCAGUGACAGCGCGUGUAGUGACCCUCUCAUAAGUUCUCUUCCUUACCUGGAAACACAGCCAGCAGUCCCCCAGGUUGUUACAGCUAAGGGGGUAUCACCUGGGUAGGUCGGGCACUCAGCAAUGGGCCGGGCUCCGACAGCUGCCCCCCAAGCCGUCCCCAGGGCUGUGCAUUCCCAGGCAGCGUCUGGCGCUCAGGCCUUCCCAGGAUCCCUUGCGCCGGCGGCGAAGGCACCGCCUGUGCGUGGAUUGCUGCUGCGGGGUGUUGUGGGGGCUGAAGUGCCUGCUGCAGAUGAGUGAGCAGAGGUGGGGAGGGGACAGCCUGGCCUGUGGGCGUGGCUGGGUGAACUGGACCAAGUGAUGAGAAAGAAGAAGCCAGGGCUGGUUGGGGCAGGGGGGGACCAAAUCACAUCUUCACUUAGUGACAGUGAGGUGGGGCCUGUGCUGCGCCAUCUCUGCCCGGGCACCAGUCCCUGCUGUCACAAGCACCGGCUGCAGGAGCUUGGGACAGGCGGAGGGAAAGGAGCCCUUUGUGUGACCGUCUCAGAGCGGUUCCCACCAGCCAUUGCCACACUUGGUCCUGUUGGGCAGUCCCCGCACGCGGGCAGGACGGGUCACUGGCCCUGGCCUCCGCUGAGCCCCAGAGCUGCUCUGCUGGGGCAGGGCUGGGAGAUGGGCGUGUGCACAUGCGAAGCUUGCAGGGCCCUGCCAUACCUGCUGCCUGGUUCACCGGGACGGCGGGCUGCAGGGCUGCUAGGCCAGUGCCUUUCUCCCGCACUGACCUUACAUAGCUCCCAGGAGCGCCGGGGGGAGCUGGCUACGGAACCCACUGGGGCUUUUUGCACCUCGUGUUUUGCUACCUGACCGCGCUCUGUCUCGGUGCUGACGUCUCCUGAAGCUUUGGGCCCCUCCCAGCAGCAGCGGCUGGCUAGGGUGAGAACAAACUAGUGUGUUGCUUCCUUUCGUUCUUGUCUAGCAUCCGCAAGUCCCCCGGCAUGCCAGCCAGGCACCGCUGUGCAGCAGGGUUCAUGGAGCGCGGUGCUCUGGAGGGGACUCUCCCUCAGGCGGUGGGGAGUGAAAGGCUGUACACUCCACAAACGGGACUGGGCUGCUUCCACCCUAGUACGGAGAGCCGUGUGCACCCCGUUCCUGCAGCCAUCUCCCCGCUUCCCUCUCGCUUGUGGGCAUGGAGCUGCUUCGUUCCCAGCCACGGAGCUGCACUGGCAAGGACGCGUCCUGCUCUGGAUGUUGGUUAGCGCUGGGCGUGACAUGGACUUGUGCCUUCAGAGGAAGUUCUUCGGGGCGGGCACUCUUGGUGCUGCGCUAAUACCCACGAUAACUGCGCGUGUUUGCACUUGCCGUGGGCACUCACUAGGUUACAGCUGUAGGAAUGGGCGUUUCAGCCCCCUGUGGUUGGUAAUCUGGGCCUGCCCUGUCCCAUGACAAGCCCUGAUGUGCUGCCAUUGUCUGCCACUGGGCCAGGCGUGCAUUUCCAAUUGCCAUGGAGCUCAUGGACUGGAGGUGGCAUGUCACUUCCUUGGGGGUCAGCACCCUGAGGUAGGCAGGCAGAGCCUGGAGGACUGGUAAGGACUGUGCGUUCUGGCUUAGAACACACCUGGCUAGGCAGCCAGUGGGAUGGGACUGGCAGGGACGGGAGGCUGCUGGAUAGUGCGGGCUGGCCCAGUUGCUUAGCAUGGUUGGGGACCAUUUCUCUAGAAUGAAGUCAAACCUGCCGUGUACCCGCAGCCUUUUCAUCACCAUCUCCUCAUGCUGCUGCUGUGUAUUCAUGGCAUGUCCCUGGUGGGAAACGCCCAUGUCACCAUCCUUGUUAACCCAGCCCCGCCCUCACGCCGUCUUUCAGAGCCUGGGGGGGUCUAUUUCCCCCCGAAACGUUCAUUUAAAAUAAAAGCUUUGGGGCAGCCGGUGA